UAUUAAAAUAAAUACUCGUAAUUAUAAUUAUUAUCUACUAUAUAAAUUCGAUUAGUAAAAACUAAAAAGUAACUCCCUCCAACAAACCCCAAGAAAAAUCCGUGAGAUCCCAAAUUCAACAAUCGGAAGUUCGCAGUGUAUCUCUCGAUAUAUCAGGUCAAUAAUAAUUAAAAUGGGGAAUGGUAAAUGUUUAGCGGAGAAUGGGAAUGAGGCGUUGGAUGUUUCGGUGACCAAGAAUUUCGGGCAACGAGUUCAGAAAUCACCAGUGAAGAAAAGAUGUAGCCCUCGCUUUAGAGAUAUUCCUGAUGCUAAAAAGCCUUAUUACGGCCCUCAUCAUCAUCAUCAUCAUCGCAAACAACUUUCUCCCAUUCCUGUAACAACAACAAUAACGACGACGACAAGAGACACCCCGACACCUAUUGUGUUAGAUGAUGACGAUGACGAUGAUGUUGUUGUUGUUGUUGUUUCAGACCAUACUGACCCGGGUGACGGCGGUCUUAAUUCAUCGCCAUCAUCUUAUGUGGUUCACACCAGACUUGAUAAAGCAAGGGUUAAAAAAACCCUUAGAAUUUACAAUCAACAUUACCUUCAGUUUGUUCAGGAACUGAAUGCAUGUGAAAAUCGGCCUCCCAAACCCAAGCAGCAAAAGGGUGUUUCUUCUGAAACUGGUGCGAAGCGAACUAGUAAACGCCCUGAUUUGAAGGCCAUUGCUAAGAUGAAAGAAAAUAACCAAGUUUUGUUUCCUACAAAAAGAUUUGGUCACUUGCCUGGUAUUGAUGUUGGUUAUCAAUUCUAUUCACGAGCUGAAAUGGUUGCUUUAGGUCUUCAUAGUCAUUGGUUUACGGGCAUUGAUUACAUAGGAGAAUCUUGCAAAAAAACGGAGUUGAAAGGGUACACAUUUCCAUUAGCUAUAGCAAUUGUAUUGUCUGGUCAAUACGAAGAUGAUCAGGAUAAUUUGGAUGAUAUUGUAUAUACUGGUGAAGGUGGAAAUGAUAUUAAUGGUAGUAAACAUCAAAUCAAAGAUCAAGAGCUGCUAAGGGGUAAUAUGGCUUUAAAGAACAGUAUGGAACAAUCUAUACCUGUUAGGGUUAUUCGAGGGCACACAGAUGAUCGUCACUUUAAACUGUACACAUAUGACGGCUUGUACAAGGUGUCAGAAUACUGGCCUGCACAAGGUACCUCUGGUUUUGUUGUUUAUAAGUAUCGCCUGAAGCGGCUUGAUGGACAGCCUAAAUUGACGGGCAAUCAGGUCCAGUAUAGCAAUGGCCGUUCCUCAAGGGUUUCUAUUAAAGCACCCCAGCUGGUGUGCCUGGAUAUAACUGAAGGUCAAGAAGAUAUGCACAUACCUGCAAUCAAUACUAUUGAUGAUGCCACUAUCACAGGGUUUGCAUAUACAAAGUAUAAUCAAGUUUUGGGCAAUCUGAAGCUUCCUCCAAAUGCGAAUGGAUGUGAAUGCAAAGGAUCUUGUACGAAUCCAAGGACUUGUGCGUGUGCCAGACUUAACGGAUCUGCUUUUCCAUAUGUUCGAAACAAUGGGGGCAGAUUGAUUGAAGCUAAGGAUGUUGUGUUUGAAUGUGGACCAGAAUGCGGAUGUGGACCUGGUUGCGUCAACCGCAUAUCCCAACGAGGGAUCAAAUACCGACUUGAGGUUUUCCGAACCUCUAACAGAGGGUGGGCCGUGAAGACCAAAGAUUUUAUCCCUUCUGGUGCACCAGUUUGUGAAUAUAUAGGAGAGCUAAGGAGGACAAAUGAGCUUGACAACGUUGCAGAAAAUGAUUACAUAUUUGAAAUUGAUUGCUGGCAAACUAUGAAGGGGGUCGGAGGAAGAGAGAGGAGGUUGGGAGAUGUGUCCGUAUCUGUAAGCAAGGAAUUGGAAAAUGCAGCAGCAGAUGAAAAGGAGCCAGAGUUUUGCAUCGAUGCUGGGCGCAUUGGCAAUGUUGCACGGUUUAUUAACCAUAGUUGUGACCCUAACCUUUUUGUCCAGUGUGUUUUAAGCUCACACCAUGAUGUAAAACUCGCUCGGAUAGUUUUGUUUGCUGCCGACAAUAUACCCCCGUUCCAGGAACUUACAUACGAUUAUGGGUACGCCCUAGAUAGUGUUGUAGACAACAAUGGGACUGUAAGGAUGCUGCCAUGCCAUUGUGGGACUACAGAAUGUCGCAAUCGAUUGUACUAGUGUUUGACAGGUUUUUCGUAUUUCUAAUAGAGGGGUAGUUCAACAUUGAUUGAUGAUGCGACUUUUAUUAUACUUUGGGUGUGAUAGUUUUUAUCUUCUUUUUUUAA